GCGAUCAAUAUUAGACUAAGUUCGGGAGUCCCCACCGGCUACAGAAUGUCCUGACCUGCUAUACCAACUGGCACGGAUCUUGUUUUAUCCCUGACCCUCAUUCUCAAUGCUCGCCCGUCGUCUGCGCUCUACAUUUCCUGCACUCUCCCGUCGCUGGCAGACGACAGCGAGCACGACUGCCGUCGACCCUCCAUCUGCGGGCGGUCACCCCUCAUCAGUCGCAUCUUCGCAGCUCCUUCGAAUGACACGAGAAUCCGCUCUCAGAUCCCCAGGAAUAUCAUGGCAAGAUGAGGAGUCUGAUCGCAAUAUCGUUGGCGGUCGCGAGACGCGCAAGAUGAAUCUCUACCAGGCAGUGCGGGAUGCCCUCAGUAUUGCACUUGCGAAGGAUGAUACUGCCGUCAUAUUUGGCGAGGAUAUAGCAUUUGGCGGGGUGUUCAGGUGUACAAUGGGUCUUGCAGAAGAAUUCGGUCGUGAACGCGUCUUCAAUACCCCAUUGACAGAGCAAGGCAUUGCAGGCUUCGGAAUCGGCCUCGCGUCCAUGGGACAUACAGCUAUUGCAGAGAUCCAGUUUGCGGAUUAUAUAUUCCCCGCAUUUGACCAGCUUGUGAACGAAGCCGCAAAGUUCCGCUACCGUUCAGGUGGAAAAUUCUCUAUUGGCGGGCUAACUGUGCGCACUCCAACUAUGGCUGUGGGCCAUGGUGGGCUAUACCACUCACAGAGCCCUGAAGGGUUCUUCAUGGGCGCAUCUGGUCUCAAGGUUGUCAUCCCCCGCUCUCCAAUCCAAUGCAAAGGGCUCCUCCUUUCAGCCAUCCGCGACCCCAACCCAGUGAUAUUCAUGGAGCCCAAAGUCCUCUAUCGUUCUGCAGUCGAACAAGUCCCAAUAGAUGAUUUCACCCUCCCCCUCUCCCGCGCCGAAAUUCUCAUCCCAGGAUCCGACCUAACACUCUUAACAUGGGGCACCCCCGUCUACCACUGCGAAUCUGCCCUCCGUCUCCUCAACUCCCCACCACCCUCCCUCGCACCACUCGUCCCUCCAUCCCUUCGUAGCGCCAAAGUUGAACUCAUCGAUCUCCGAACGAUAUUGCCGUGGGACGUAGAAACAGUCGUAGAGAGCGUGCGCAGGACGAAGAGGCUUGUUAUUGUGCAUGAAGCAGGCAUGACGGGCGGUGUUGGAGGUGAGAUUGCUGCUGAGAUCGGGAAGAGAGCUUUUUUGAGGCUGGAGGCGCCUGUGAGGAGGAUUACGGGGUGGGACGUUCCAGCUGCGCUGCAGUUCGAGAAAUUCAACAUGCCGGAUGCGGUUAGGAUUUUGGAUGGGAUAAUGGAGACGCUCAGUUACUGAUGAGUAGAGUUGCCGGUUGCGCUGCUUCUCAAGCUGGUUUUGCGCCCACGGUGUAGCAUAGGAGAUGUACAAUUAAUGAUGUAGUACAUUAGCAACGCACGUAUACCCUGGAUCAACAUAUUUUUGGGUGCAGAACACGUUGAAUGACAGUAGGAUUUUGCGUGGAUGCGAGUCAUCGAACCGAAC